GCUCUGGGAAAGUGCCAGGGGUGGGGGCAGCCUCCACAAGGCAAUUACCACCUUGACCCCCCCCCCAUAAAAUUCUGCCCCCUCUGGCUGUAAUUCCACAGCUAGACUUCACACCUUUGGCUUAAGGCUGAAUUUUCUGUUACCAUGUGGAUGCCCCAGGUGGAGGGACCCACUCCUGCUUAAGAACACCAUGCAUGCCGGUGAGAGUACUGCGGGGAACGCGACAGCUGGCUGUUGAAGAGAAGGGGGAAGUGGUGUUGAGAGACCUUCAGACUGGACAUGGCCCUGAGUCCAGGGCCUAACCUUGUCCUUCCUGAAGACCCAGAGAUAAUGCCAAGUCUCAAUGCCUCUGGGGCUCCAGUUUCAGGCCUUGGUACCAUUCCUGAGCCCAACCCAGAUAUGACUCUUGUUCCUAUGUUGAACCCACCCCUAAGUCCUGGCUUGGCUCUCAUUCCAGAUCUUCAUCCAACUCUGAGUCCUGUGUCAGGGACCAGUAACACCCCCAGGCCUGAUGACAGCAGGGCCAUGGCUCCUGCCUCCCUCCAGGUCACCAGUUCUUGCUCUGGUGAAGCCUUGGACCAGGAUUUGAAGCACAUCUUGAGGCCUGACACACAGGAGACUCUCUGUCCAGCCUCAAACCCCAUUCUGAGCUCUGGCUCUACUGAGCCCGCCAGUCAGAGCUCAGAGAACCACCGUGGGUCUAAUUCUGAACAGGCCUUCAAGUGCCUGCCAAGCAAGACUUUUGAUUUGGGUCAGAGUAACUCCAAUCCUUCCAGGCCUGAAUUAAACCCAUUUAUAAGGCCCCAUUCUAGAGAAUCCCUGCUUCUGGGCAGCUGUAUCUCCAGGCCAGGCUCAAAAGCACUGCUUAUUCCAUCCUCAAACUCUUCUCUGGAUCUUGACUCCAAUCAGCUGCUCGGUGCAGGCUCAAGAAACAUCUCCAACCCAAACCUGAAUGUAGCUCCUGAUUCUUAUGGGACUCUAAUCCCAGACACAAACAAGACCCUCACUUCAGCUUCACAUAACAUCUCUGGGUCAGUUUCAAAAGGAGCCUUUGGUGCAAUCUGGAGCACAAGUUCCAAGGAAUCCGUAAAUGUGGCUUCAAACAGAUAUCCCAGAUCUGAUUUGAACAUGACUGUCACUCAGGCCUCGUGCGUGACCCUGAUUCCCGGCUCCAGUGAGGGUAUCAGCUUGCACGCCAACACCCCUGGGCCCAACUCCACCAUCUCUCCACCCUCGUGCGUGACCCUGCUCCUGGGCUCCAAUGAGACUCUGAGCCUGGGCUCCAGCCUCAUGUUCAGCGACACCUCCACUUUGACACUGAGCAGCCAGCAGGAGUAUUCUGAGGACAACAGCAUCCGCACCGUGCCCCUGGAAGGGACCCUGGAGAGUUGGGAUGAGAUGGCCAGCCUUGAGGUGGGCCAGUUCCCGCUGGGGCUCCCCACCUGCAACACUGCCAACAAGGACAUGGCCUUCCAGUGCAUCCCUGUGGGAGCCUCUAAUGACGUGACCUCACACCUGGUGAAGGUGCCAGAGAAGAGAGAGGAUGGCAACAAAAUGGCUCUGGUCGGGAACGUCAUCACCCUCCAGAGGAGCCAGGACCUGCUGGAAGUGGAAGGGGAGAAGAAGACCAUGAUGAAGAAGAUGAUGAGGCAGAUCCAGGAGGAGCCGCUGGAUUCCCUCUCAAGCUCUGUCCGCCGGCGGGCCAUGGAGACCCUGACCCAGCUGAGUCACAUGCAGCCCACGCUGGGCGUGCGGGAGAGGUCAGAGCUGGUGAGCACAUGCGUGCGGAGCGUGUUCUCCCUGCCCUCUCUUCAGGCCAUGCGGGAGAAAGACGAGGCCAAGGCUGAGCUCGUCCAGACGCUUUACCGUCAGACCCUGGAUGCCCUGAAGACACUGCUCAAGGCCCUCUUUCUUGAGGACCCCACUCCUGCUGGGCUGAAGAGCAUCUUGGAGCCCCUGGGGCCCUGGAUGAACUCUGGGAAGGCCCACGAGCGAGCACGGGCUGUGAACAGCAAUGUUUCUGUGUUGAACCACACGCUUCUGACUGUGCCUUUCCUUAUAUCCUCGGGGUUCCCGGCCCUGGGGCUCCUGCUGGGGAGGCUCAUCCUCCGCGUCGGGGAUCCCGAUGAGGAGAUCGGCCGGGAGGCUCUGGACGGCAUCAUCAUCCUCUACACUAUCCUGGAGCUGCAGAAACGAGCCAGAGAUCAGGAAGAGACCAACAAGAAGGAGCUGUAUGAGAGCAACAAGCGUUUCCUGGGGCCCUACAACCCCGUCAGCCCCUGCCAGAACAUCCUGCGUGUGAUUGCGGAAUUUGGAGACUUCCUGGGGCCCCAGCAGGUAAAGGACCUGCUGCUGGCAGCCCUGGAAGGGCUGAAAGGCGGCUCAGAGGCUCCAGGAAAGGAUUCCAGGGAGAUCAUGCAGCUGGCCUCGGAGGUCACUCUCAGCUCGGUGCUAGAGUGGUACCGCCACAGGGCACUGGAGGUGAUCCCCGAGAUCUUGCAGGGCAUCUACAUGCAGCUGAGCCACAUCCAGGAGCCACGGGCCCGAGAGGUGGCCCUGCUGCCCAUCUCCCUCCUGGCCAGCUCCUUCAUGACCGAGGUCGUGGUGGCCCUGCUUAUGUGCCCCCUCCCGCUGGACAGCAACGGAGCAGAGAUGUGGAGGCAGCUGAUACUGCGCAAGCCCAGCUGUGAUGUCCGAGACCUCCUGGACCUGCUCCUGACCAGCCUGAAGGAGAAGCCUGUCACCAGGAAAGGCCGGGCCUCCACUGUGCCCCUAGCGGCAGCCAGCGGCCUGUGCGAGCUCCUGUCCGUCAACAGCUGCGUGGGCCGCGUGAGGCGCAUCUACCCGCAGCUGCUCCUGGCCCUGCUCAUUCAGGUCCAUUACCACAUCGGCCUCAGCCUGCCUGGCCGCGUGGCUCCUUGCAAGGACGCCAAGAAGGACGAAGAGCCCUUCAUACCUGUGCGCUGGGUGGUGAAGGUGGUGAAAACCCUGCUGCUGAAGAUGGGCUGCUCUUACGAGGCCACCUUUGUGGAGGACCAGGAUGGCUGGGAGCUCAUGGGACAGGCGGAGAACCACCACCGAGGAGUGUCCCUCCUGGCAAGGGCCAUGGUGCACUACUCCUGCCAGGAGCUGUGCCGCGUCCUCUACCUGCUCAUCCCGCUGCUGGAGCGCGGCGACGAGAAGCACAAGAUCACCGCCACCGCCUUCUUCGUGGAGCUCCUCCAGAUGGAGCAGGUGCGCCGGAUCCCCGAGGAGUACUCUCUGGGGCGGAUGGUGGAAGGCCUGGACCACCGCGACCCCAUCAUGAAGGUGCUGUCCAUCCGAGGCUUGGGCAUCCUGGCCCGCAGGACUGAGAAGAUGGCCAAGGUGCAGACCCUCCUGCCGUCCAUGGUGAAGGGUCUGCAGGGCCUGGACGGGAUGCUGGUGGUGGAAGCGCUCCACAACCUCAAGACCAUCUUCAAGGGGCAGGACCGGAAGUUGGUGGACAGCUCGGUCUACCUGGAGAUUCUGCAGGUCCUGCUGCCGCACUUCAGUGACUCACGAGAGGACGUGCGCUCCUCCUCCAUCAGCCUGUACGGGAAGGUGGUCCAGAAGCUUCGGUCCCCACGCACCAAGGCCAUGGAGGAGCAGCUGGUCAGCACCCUGGUGCCACUGCUGCUGACCAUGCAGGAGGGCAACGCCAAGGUGGGCCAGAUAUGUGUGAAGACCCUGUUCCAAUGUUCUUGCUUCAUGGCUUGGGAGUUGCCGAAAAGAGCUUACAGCCGGAAGCCCUGGGACAGCCAGCAGCAGACAGUGGCCAAAAUUUGCAAGUUCCUUGUGAACACCUACCGAGACCAUGCCUUCACAUUCCUCAGCCAGAGCCUGGAGUACGCCAAGAACCCACGGGCCUCCCUCCGGAAGUCCUCGGUCAUGUUCAUAGGGUCCCUGGUCCCCUGCAUGGAGAGCAUAAUGACAGAGGAUCGUCUGGACGAAGUGAAAGCUGCUCUGGAAAACUUGAGACACGACCCAGAAGCAUCAGUGUGCAUCUAUGCAGCCCAGGCCCAGGACCACAUCCUGGCCAGCUGCUGGCGGAACUCCUGGCCGCUGCCACACGGGGACCCGUGGGUGUGCGACCCGGCUGCCACACACUGCUGGAGCCCCAGCUGUGAGCACCUGCCCACCUCCCACCAGCGGCGUUCCUGGAUCAUGCAGGCACUGGGCUCCUGGAAGAUGUCCUUGAAGCAGUGAUGUCCCCGAGCCCCCAGCCAUCCUCAGGGUGGCUAAGCCCCAGCUAUGCUCACUAUAAAUGCCAUGUGGCU